AUAAAUAUUCAUUAAAUAAUUAAAUGUAGAAAGAUCCAUUUGAUAUCAAGGUGAAAGGAAAAUCAACUCAAGAUUAAAUUGCUUCUUACUUGGUUAAGGUUGUAUUAGGUCUAAGAGACAAAGAAAAUACAUAAAAGUCUGUCAAGCUUUUGGGGUCUGGUUCAGCCAUCCCUCAUGCAAUUUUGGUUGCUGAAAUUAUUAGAUCGAGAAUUAAAGGUGUUAAUUCAAUCACAUAAUUCGAAAGCAUGCCAAAAGAAAAUAAAGAACAGAACGAUAAAUAUUAAGAUAAUCAAUUUUACAUCCCGGCAAUCCGAAUUACUUUGACGUAAAUUUAAUUAUCUAUUUAGAAUGACUCCCACUGAAGAAGAAAAACUUAUGCCAGGGUUUCAACUGGAAAAUGAAGUGGGAGAAGAUAAACAUAUUGAACUUUUUGAUUAUGUAAUGAUGUACAUUCGAAAUCUUUACUUUUCGAAAGGAAACUUCCAAGACCAAAAAAGAGAUAAUAAAAAUAACAGAGAAAAUCAAAGAAAAGAGGAGGAUGGCAGAAAAAAUAAAGAAACUAAAUCCAAUUAUAAUGAUAAUCCAGACAGAAGACAAGAUAAUAAAUAUAAAUAACAAUAGCAAAGAGAUUAUUAAGCUAAUCCAGAUAAAUCAGGCAAUUGGAAUAAUGAUAGAGAUCAAUUCUAAUAAAAAUCAAAUUAUCAAUCUUUAAAAACCAGAGGAAAUGUCAAGAGUUAAGGAAAUGAUAGAGAUGUCUAAUCAUCAAGACAUUAUAAUUACAAUGAAAACGUAAUCAAUUUAUCAACUUCUAUAGAGAGGUGAAUAAACAAGAGACACACCAAAACCCCCAUCAACUAUUAGACAAGGUGAAAUUCGCAGCAGAGGAGGCUAAUAGAGAGCUCAACAUUGAUAUUAUUUACAUUAUAU